AUGAAGCCGUGCAGGAUCUAUUCUACUUGCAAUGUACGUGGUGUACCGCGAAAUCCACUCAAACACAGAAUUGGCCCAAAACAAGGCCUUCCUUUAUCAGUACCGUCCCCAUCGCAUAUUGUUCACCCGUUUUACACCCCUAGCACUACAGAAGAGAUAAUUGCGUGUUCUACAGAAACUUUGCCAGCAUUGCUGGAUGGAAAACAGAUCAUGCCUUCCUUACUGAAUGAAAAACCGGCCGGCUCGUAUCACCUGGAAAUGAGCUCGUUGAGAUUUAAAUGUGUGCGCGGAGUUGCAAACUGGCUAGAAGAUUUCUCAGCCUUUGCGGGCUCUUCCUCUGAGCUGGAUUACAGAGUCCUAAAUCAGCAAAUGACGGGCUUACUGCUGAAACCCAGCAAGUUAAGUAGGAUGAAGCAUCCUUUGAUAUCCACUUUAAAGGAGCUCUUUGCAGUUGAGAAAAGCCAGCAAAUCAAUCCGGCCACCCUGAAUGCUAUAGUUGAACAAUUUAUCAGCGAUAGAGACUUGGGGGUCUUCAGCGAAGAUAUCUAUUUGUACUUGCUUCAGCAUCACGUCAAUUCCACCGACAAAAUUUUGACGAUUAUUGAAUCAAUAAAGCUGCACUUGGCCACGGAUAUUGAUCAACUUAAAGUCAUCGAGGAGCUCGUACUCCAUCUUCUCGUCUCUCUCGAGAGGAACAAGUUACCAAUUACUGAGAAACUAGUGACCUCUUUUGAUGGCCUGCUUGAUGCCAUAAAUAAGAGAUUUCAUGUACAAAAUUGCACAACACACUUUCAGCCUCUGGUAUGUGAAGAAAUUUUAGAAUAUUACAUCAAAAUCGGGAACCUGAACGAAAGUAAAAGGAUCAUAAGCGGCCUGAUUGCUAGGAAGUUCCUUCCAGCUGAAUCAACGAUAGUCAAUUAUCUCAAAGCCAUCAAUGAUCAGCUGAACCUAGAUAAAACUCCCAAGGGUUAUUUGAGGGCCUUUGCAUUAGUUUCUGAUUUUCGACCAGCCGUUGAGCGGGCUCGCAACCCGUUGACUUUCACUUAUUUGAUACCCCUUUGCAGGCAUAUGUCUGAGGUGACAAGUCUACUUACUAUGAUAAAAAACUGUGAGAACGCGAAAGAGAUACUGGAUGUCAACCUAAUUCCGUUCAUACACAAGAUUACUCAUAUAAAGAACGGCCCAUCAAUGAGAUCCGCCAAUCUCUGUUCUCUUUACCGAAUGGCGUCAGCAUUUUACGGCGACAAACUACCCGACAAAUAUUCAAAGGCUUUUCUGCUUUCCUUUGCAGACUUAAAAAACUAUGUGAUGAUGGCGACCAUCAUGAAGAAGGACAUUAUUGCAAUUUCCAGUGAUUUCUUCAAGACGAUUCUUUCCAAACUCGAAAAAAAGCAACUCAAGAAUAUCCCUUCCUCAAUUGAGGGCUGUGACUUGUUCAAAGUGGAUCUUUUCACAAGCUGCAUGCUUCCUUUCUACUUUAGCCUGCCUCUAAAGGCCAAGCUGCAACUGAUUUCGCAAAUGAAAACGAAACUGAUACUGGUUACAGUCCUUAAAGCGGAGCUGGCUCAGACAGAAAAUUUGGAGCUAGAUGUCAUAAGGAAAAUCUUGGUGCAUGGUUUAAGCAAUGACUUACUCUCUGACGUCCCAGCAUCUGUUUGGGAUAAAUUCACGGCAGAUACUGAACUAAACUCAGUUCUUCGAGAAUCCGAGAAGGUUACAGCGCAAAAGCAGUCUAAGAAAACUAUAUAG